UGUCACAUGGUCCACUGUUGGUUUUUUACCCAGGAUAGGGAGAGAGAGAGAGAGAGAGAGAGAGGACAAACAAAACUGCACGCAGAGGAAGAUAACACCGAGCAUCUCUCGCAACCCAAGACAAAAAACAAACAAACAAACAAAAAACGUGGCGUUUGAGUACUUUGUAUUCCCCUGGAGGAUGACUUUUGUUGUUAUUUUGUAGCGCUAUGAAGUGAAACUCCGCCAUAUUCAGCCCACCACGCCCGGAGCUCCGCUACCAUAAGGGGUAAAGCCUCGCUACUUCACUGUCUUCUUAAGUUGUUGCACAAACUUAAUUUCCUCUUCACAGGAGAGGAACAAGGAGAAGUGUUAUCCAGGAGUAAUGAUUCUGAGCUCCGUGGGGGCUUGCUGCCUCAGCCCAGAGGCCAAAGAGGCUCGCAGGAUCAACGAUGAGAUUGAGAGGCAGCUUCGCCGGGACAAGAGGGACUCCCGACGGGAAUACAAGCUCCUUUUGCUCGGAACUGGUGAAAGUGGGAAGAGCACUUUCAUUAAGCAGAUGAGGAUCAUCCAUGGCCGCGGAUACUCUGAUGAGGACAAGAGGGGCUUCACCAGGCUGGUCUACCAGAACAUCUUCACAGCCAUGCAGGCCAUGGUCCAGGCCAUGAAUACAUUACAGAUCCCCUACAAGUAUGACAAUAACAAGGCAAACGCCAGUCUUGUCAUUGGGGUUGAUGUGGAGAAGGUCACAACAUUAACAAACCCUUACGCGGAUGCCAUCAAGAGCCUGUGGAGUGACCCAGGGAUUCAGGAAUGUUACAAUCGGAAGAGGGAAUACCAGCUCUCAGACUCAACCAAAUACUAUCUGAAUGACUUGGACCGAAUUGCUGCUACUCCUUAUCUGCCAACCCAGCAGGAUGUCCUGAGGGUCAGGGUGCCCACAACAGGUAUUAUAGAGUACCCCUUUGACCUGGAGAAUGUGGUGUUCAGGAUGGUGGAUGUGGGUGGCCAGCGUUCAGAGAGGAGGAAGUGGAUUCACUGUUUCGAGAAUGUCACUUCCAUCAUGUUCCUGGUGGCGCUCAGCGAGUACGAUCAGGUCCUGGUUGAGUCUGUCAAUGAGAAUCGCAUGGAGGAAAGCAUGGCCUUGUUCAGGACAAUCAUAACCUACAAGUGGUUCAAAGAGUCCUCAGUCAUCUUGUUCCUCAACAAGAUAGAUUUACUGGAGGAGAAAAUCAUGUACUCACAUUUGGUCGACUACUUCCCUGAAUAUGAUGGUCCCCAGCGGGAUGUCAAUGCAGUAAAGAAAUUCAUCUUAGAUAUGUUUGUCAGCCUCAAUCCAAACGAGAAAAAAAUGAUCUACUCCCACUUCACCUGUGCCACAGACACAGACAACAUUCGAUUUGUCUUCCGUGCAGUGAAGGACCACAUCUUGCAGGGCAACCUGGAAGUCUACAACUUGGUUUAAAACAGCGGUGUUGCCGCUGUAAUUCAAUCGGCUUUGUACAGCUGGCAGCCGGGAGAGCUCUGCAGUGAUUCAGUUUGCCCCACACUGCUGCUGAACACUAUAAUCCAAAACAGGACAUUGUGAAGCUACAGAGCUUGUCGCCAAAUGACUGUACUACUGAUGUAUUUCAAAUUUUUCCUGUUAGGCUCUUUGAAAAUGGAUGUCUCCAGCUAUAAUGAAGUGUGUCCUGACAAUUAAAGUGCUGCUUUAGCGAGGAGUCUAUUAUAGUAUGCACUCUGAAAUUUAUGGAGCUCUUUGCGAUCGUUUUUUGAGCAGUAACAGUAUAAAUGCACAUGGAUGGAUUGAGAGGGGGAAAAGUAUUUCUGUGGCCUCAAAAGCCUCUGAGGACUUGUAAUGUACUAGGUCUCUCCUUCAGGGAAUCUGUGGAAGUGAAUGUAGAUUAACUGCAAUGCAGCACCUCACAUCACUAACCCAUGUUGUUCAUAGUUUGUUUUUUUAAGUUAAAAUAAUUGGAAAUACUCUAACUUAGUUUGUGCCUUGAGUUGACUUAAUGGGGAACGAGUCAUAAUUAACACUAAUGACACAGUUACAUUAUUGCAGAUAUUCAUUUGCACACUGUGCAUUUUGUAACAUUGGUAUUGAUAUUCUGUAUGUGUGUACCUCACUUAGUUGGGUAUUAUCAUUUCCACAACUUCAUUUCAGACUGUCAUGUACUUUGCAUUUGUCUGUGAUGGCAUUAUUCAGUCUUAAACCACUUUUUAUGAGCACAGUAUUAAUAUAUUGUCAUGUCAUUUUCCACAUAUUUCAAAGGGAAUCCUAUUGUCAACCUACUAGAUUCUGCUACAUUAGCAUUAUUUUUUAUUUUUUUAAGUCUUUAUUUUGUCAAAGCUGUAGAAUCAAGUGUUGUUCAGGGACUGUUUUAUUGAAUAACAUAGUUGUCUUGCCUAAAAAUCAGUCAGAUUGCUAAAAUGGCUUUAGAACUUGCCCCAUUAUUUAUAUGAAUGCAUAUUGUAAAUAUAACACGGUACAGUGUGUUUUUUUUCACCUUUACUUGCAUCAAGGUCAGUGUUGAAAGGCUAACUGCUGAAGAGAGAACUGUUGUGUUAAACAAUCUCUGAGGAAAUAAACUAGUGCCUUCUUUAUCUUAAUUCAUAUGCUGUUCAAGGGUAUCAAAUGCAUGAAUAAAAAGCUAAUGAGAGCAUAUCCACGGCACUAAUGUUUACAUGACCCUUCUCUUCUUGUUAAAAAUAAUUACAGCCUAAUUUGAACUAUUUAAUUUAUGGUUCACUGUCACUGCGAUAUCUUAAUGCAGUCUUAGUGUUUUUAAUGUGAUCGGAUAAAUAAACAGACAUUUUCCUCUU